ACCUGAAGGUAAAAACCGUAACAGUACGUGUCCAGAAUGUGUGGGGUCUGCAAAGAUUUUAGUUCCAUAUUUCCUAGGUGAUAUUCUUGUGUGCUGACCUUAAUGCUUGAAAUAGAAUAGAAAAAAAUAGAAACUACCCGUAUUACUCCUCAGUGAGGAAAUUCAGAUGAACCAGAGGCAAAGUGACAGAUAAAUCAAACUUCCAUGCAGGCACAAAAAAAAAUUUAAUUUUGUGCAACAAAUCUAUGUAGUCCUGGAAUCAAUUGUAUUUAUAAAUACAUCAAAACUAUUACGAUACAGAUGAAACUUGAACAAAAACUCACGUGACUAAACAGUCUGACAGCGGUUUGCUUAUGAGUCCGAAACAGAAAUGCCACUCGCAACAUGGCGGCGACGUUGCCCUACGACUCCGACGCGCAUGCGUCGUCCGCUCACCGACGUUCGUGUGAUCGAACCCCAAUGGCCAAAGAUUUUCACGCCUGGAAAGAAGCGAUUCCUCGCAUAUCUCCCUGAAAGCCUUACGUCGACGGGAAGUUCGUCCACGACGAGACAGAAGCCAGGAUCCGCAGGAGGACCCGGGGACCUGGAGGCGGCCACGCCACUGAGAUGAGUCCCGUCCGGAGCCAGCUGUGCCUCGGCAGCCGGUCUCUCUGCUGCUGCUGCUGCUGCUGCUGCCCGUCAACACAUCCGACACAAAUCUCUGCAGAUCUGAUCUGAUCUGGACGGACGGGCUGAGCGAGCUGAAUGCCUGGGUUCACGAUUCCGCUGAGAAAUAUCUGAAGAGUUUGGAGUCAUGUCUGUCUCUACGGUUUUGGCUAAAGCCCUGUAUGACAACACGGCAGAAAGCCCUGAGGAGCUGGCUUUCCGAAAGGGCGACAUCUUGAUGGUUCUGGAUCAAGAGAAGACUUGCGGGCCAGGCUGGUGGCAGUGCUCCCUGCAUGGCAAACAGGGCAUUGUUCCCGCCAACCGCCUCAGAAUUUUGGAGACCGCCCCACCACCAGGCUCUGAGCCUGGCCCCGGACUGAAGGAAGACUCUGUAUACUUAUCCCCUGGCCUUCCUUUGGCUCGGACUGCUGUCGGCGGAAGCACGGACGUUGCUGACGGAGUAUACCUGUCGCCGCCUGCCACAGGCGAAAGUCGAGGCGGGGUAGUCGCGACUCGGACUGGAGAGCUACGCAGAGUGGAGGCCGGCCGUCCUCGCUCACACUCAAGUUCUGGCACUCGCCCCAGACCGGACUGGGAUAUUGGUGUGACAGGACGGCCACGAUCUCCGUCUUUAAGGGGGCGUGGUUCAGAAAUGUCUGGAACUCAUUGCCAGAAGCCACUAAGUCCCAUGCCUUCUGCAGCUCCACAUGCCAGGCAGCCUGGAGUUCUCCUGGCUUCAGAAUCUGUUUACCUUUCUCCAAGUGCCAUUCCAAGGGCUACCGAUGAACCAGAAGACACCACAUACCUUGUUCCGAGAGACAAGCCAACAGGAGGACAUUCAGACGACUGUUACUUGGUGCCCAAAGGGACGCCACUUGCAAGUGAUGAUGUUUACCAGUCCCCAACAGGUGGUGGUCUGAACAGUACUCUCUGCGCUAACGGUGUUAUGCCACAGCCCAAAGCAAGUCAGGACACACCUGGAGUUUACCAAACACCUACCCUUGUUGGGUCAAACCUACAUCGGCCACCAGCCACAGUUCUGGCUCACCAACAUCCAUCUUCGCUAACUCCAACCCAAGCGUCUCCCCGACCCUUGCUCAAGGGUCUUCCCCCGAACUCUGCAGCUGCAAGGGGCAAACCUGCAGCUAAUCACCGGGGAUCCCCAUUUUCAAUCAGAGCAGGGCAAGUUAGGGCUCCGGGGUCGCCAAACUUUGCCCGCAAACCUCCUCCACCAGCCCCUCCGGUGAGAGGAGUCACCAGGAAAGAAGCACAGCAAGCAACCCCUCAGUCAGUCGCCUCCGUCCCCAAACUGAUGGCUCAGGCAAGUCCUGCAGGCCAGCCACCACCAGAGGACAAGCAAAUCAGAACUCCCCAGGGUGACGGAGAAAAGAUGAGCAACGGCCUGGAUAGAAGCGCCGCAGUGCCAAACAAAACUGGAGAAAAGCAGGAUUACUCAGAUGCUGCAGAUGACCAGGUGUAUGACACCCCUCCAAGUGGCAGGUGGCAGCAGCCGAUCCAAUCUACUCGCCAAGAGGAUGUCGAUGGCAUUUAUGACACCCCACGCAGCGUCCAAUCACAAGCUGACCCUGAGACAGAGGUCUAUGAUGUCCCCACAAUCACUCUGAUCAAACCCGCGGCAGACAUAAAGCCUGAUGAAGACGAGGACGAAGUCUACAGUGUCCCCACUCUUCCAGGUGUCCCUCUGGUGCUGGGAGAGUCCACCAGCAGCCUCCCCACUGAGGACAUUGUGCACGUUGGACAGGUCUGUUUUGUCCCGGGACCCGACAAACGAGCCAGCGGCGGAGAUCAGCAACAAGACUCCACUGAGGUUGACUGUGGGAUUUACGACAUGCCCUCCCUGACCAUUGAAGUGCUUCCCCAUUCGUGCUCUUCGUCCUCCUCCGCCUCCACUCGCCGCCACUCUGUUUCUAGCAACGGCUCCGGCGACGUUCAAUGGAAAGCUUCGCUGUCGAACCUUGUCCACUCGCUGCUGGGCACCGCCUCGUCCCUGUCCUCGCGGGAUCUGGCUACGUCUCUGGCUGAGAUCCUGUCCAACUGGAAGGCCAGCCACACAGGUGACCCUCCGCCGCCUCUCCAGCAAGCCUGGGUUCGGCUUUCGGACGUGCUUCCGGCGUUGUCUGCCAUCGGGAACGCUCCUCCAAACGAGGGGCUCUUAUCGCUGGUCCAGCGCUCUCUAGAGGAAUCUGCCCUCCUCCUGCAGGCUCAAGGGAGACCACGUCUGUCUUCCCAGGAAUCUCUGUCUCGCAGGCCCUUGCCAGCGCUCCCGGUGCCUGAUGGGAAGUCAUGCGGCGGUGGAAUGGGUUCUCGUAAAGGGAGCUGGAUCCAAGAACGGCCUCUGCCUCCGACCCCUCAGCCCAUGUUUCCUUUGCCUCCAACUCCGGCCUGCGUCACCCUAACGAUGGGCCCCGUUAAUGGAGAAGAGGACCCCAGCAACGAGUACGCAGGGAUUGGCUUGACCCCAAUCCCAGCCCCAGUACCUUCAGGAGACAGUGUUGGAUAUGUCAAACUGCAGGGUAAACCAGAUCUUCCUCCGGAUGUCCUCUCUGAGAAUGGACAAACUUUCACUGGAGAGCAAAGGUUGACCCCCUCGCCUCCUCUGCCGGUGGCCCUCUCAUUGGAGGACUCGGAGCUUCUCUCCUUCUACUCCUCUCAGAGCUUCGCCCACCUCUCCUGCCUCGCCGACGCCAUCGACGUGCUCGACAGCAGCGUGCACGGCAACCAGCCGCCGCGCAUCUUCGUCGCCCGGGGGAAGAGCCUCAUUGUGACCGCGCACAAGCUGGUGUUCAUCGGGGACACCCUGUCCCGCCUCCUGACCUCCGCCGACCUCCGGGCCAAGAUCACCACGUCGGGAGGGAGGCUCUGCCAGGUGCUGAAGGCGGUCGUCGUGGCAACGAAGGGCGCAGCACAAAACUACCCGUCGGCGACCGCCACCCAGGAGAUGAUGGACCGCGUCACCGAACUCUACCAGCAAGCCGCCGGCUUCUCCACUCUGCUGCAGCGUCUGGCCGAAAUAUCGUCGUGAUAUUUCGUUUCGCUUGUACAAACGCUACACCUGUAUUUUAGUGUCGAAAUGCCUUAUUUGUCCUUACACUAUUACACUUCCUUACCUGUGUCUGUGAGGGAAGCCAUACCCUGAACCACUUGUUUAUCCACACUGCAGCUGUUGCUCAGCUGGGUUUUUUUAUUGCAUCGAGUCUUUCUUCAAAGAGUGUGUUUUUGUUUUUUUUGUUUUUUAUCAUUUCUUUUUUAUGUCUCUGUUUGAAUACUGACGUUUUUGCUUUGAUGGUAGACACUCUUUUUUUUUUUUUUUUUAAGUGUUAACUUAUUGAAUAUUGAAGUCCCUCAGAGGUCAAAGCAGCCCUUGUGGACCUGUUAUUUUGGGAGCUUUGCUUUAAAGCGCUUGCCACAUUUCCUUUUCCUCACACAUGAUAGCUGUUUUUCUUCCUUCCUCUAUUUAUUUAGCAAGCCCCUGCUCCGAAAAUAGUCCAAAAAGAAGGUCUUUUAUUCCGGUUCUGGCCUUCCUUUAUGCAAUGAUACCCGAUGGGCCUUUUUUCUUUUUGGUCACCGCUCUGAAAGCAUGUUGACUUUUCUACUUCAAAGCAAGCACUGGAAGGAAAGUUCACCUACGUCUUGACACGUGGAGCAGCAGUAGGUCCGUUUCCAUUAGAGAGCAAAGGCAGUGCUCACAAUUCCCACAUUCACAAGAAGGUACACUCGGCACAUUCUUCUGUUCACCGUUAUGCAGGUUAUCACAGUACCCGAGAAGUCACUGAAUGCCAGAGAAUGACUAAUGAUGGUGAGAAAUUACCUAAUCCUGUUCUUUCCCACAGUGGUGUGGAAGUAUAAGGAGCCUGUUGACCGAGUUCACGUGUUACAACAUGUCUCGUUUGGAUGUGCACCUUUGCAUGGCUCCAGCUUUGACUUUAAUCUCCUUUCUUCUAAGAUGCCUACCAGUGAUUAGUAUUCAUACCCACUUCAAUAGAUUUAAACAGCCAGGCUGAGACUUUAUUUCACUUCAGGACGUGUUACAUUUUUACAUCUAAGAACUGACUGUUGCAAUGGCCAACGUGAUGUUGACCUGACUCAAUGAAAACUGCAGCAUAAAUCACACUUAGUCAUGAGACCUAAAAAAAAACAUAAAAGAACAGACAUGUUUUCGAACACUACUAUCUGUAUGCUUACACUAAUCAUCAUUCUGAGUAAUGGAACGUCUCAUACAUGCUAGCUACUAAUUUAUGCAACUAAAUGAAGUCAGCACAAAAGGGCUUAAACUUGGAAAAUAGUUGUAACUUUUUUUUUCAAGGUCAUUUUAAAUAGUCAUUUAUAGAACUUGACUUUAUUCUGCAAUAUCUGAUACGGUAGGUUUUGUUUUUCUUGAGGGCUGUGAUUUUAUUGUCUUGUUCACCCGCGCCACCUUGUGGUAAUCUGAAGUGUUGCAUAAAAACUAUGCUUCUCUAGUUUUAUGUUUGAGAAUUUUUAUCCAUAGUUAUAACCAUAUUGUUAACCCUUUCUGUUCUGGACAUUUUUGCUUGCGUGAUUUUGAUUUGCUUCAUUUUUGUAUAUGCAAAUCCUUCAUCUGGAAUACUUGAGCAGUGGAUUGCAAUGUUACAAUGUCUUUCGUUGUUUUGUUUUUGUCCAGUAUUUUACAUAAUACAGGUAUGGCAAUUG